CCCUUAUUAUCCAUCAUGUCUGAAGAAACUGCUGAGAAGAACAUCGAGAUCUGGAAGAUCAAGAAGCUUAUCAAGUCCUUGGAAGAAGCCAGAGGUAAUGGUACCUCGAUGAUUUCUCUUAUCAUCCCUCCAAAGGGUCAAAUUUCCCUCACACAACAAUUACUUACUGAAGAAUAUGGUACUGCCUCCAAUAUCAAGUCUCGUGUCAAUCGUUUGUCUGUGUUGUCUGCCAUCACCUCGACCCAACAGAAGUUGAAGUUGUACAACACUGUGCCAAAGAAUGGGUUGGUUGUGUAUUGUGGUGAUGUGAUCACCGAUGAAGGAAAGGAAAAGAAAUUGAAUAUUGAUUUCGAACCUUUCAAGCCUAUUAACACCAAGUUGUAUCUUUGUGACAACAAGUUCCAUGUAGAAGCCUUGAAUGAAUUGCUUGAAAAUGAUGACCGUUUCGGGUUCAUCAUCAUGGAUGGUAAUGGAGCCUUGUUCGGUGCCGUGUCCGGUAAUACUCGUGAAGUGUUGCACAAGUUCACCGUUGAUCUUCCAAAGAAGCAUGGUAGAGGUGGUCAAUCCGCUAUGCGUUUCUCCCGUUUGAGAGAAGAAAAAAGACACAAUUAUGUCAGAAAAGUCGCUGAAGUCGCCGUACAAAACUUUAUCACCGCCGAUAAGGUCAACUGUAAAGGUUUGAUUUUGGCUGGUUCCGCUGAUUUCAAGACUGAAUUGUCCAAAUCCGACCUUUUCGACAACAGAUUGCAAGCCAAGGUUAUCAAGAUUGUCGAUGUUUCAUACGGUGGGGAGAACGGGUUCAACCAAGCCAUUGAACUCUCCGCUGAAACUUUGGCCAACGUUAAGUUUGUCCAAGAAAAGAAGUUGCUUAAUGACUACUUUGACGAAAUUUCCCAAGACACCGGUAAGUUCUGUUACGGUAUUGAUGACACUCUUAAGGCCUUGGAUUUGGGUGCCUGUGAAGUUCUCAUUGUCUACGAAAACUUGAACAUCAUACGCUACACCUUCAAGAACUCCGAGGGUGAAGAAGUCAUUGCCACUGCCAACCCAGACCUCCCAGACAAGUCCUACUCCUUGGACAAGGCCACUGGUGCUGAAAUGGAAGUCGUCAAGGAAGAAACCUUGUUGGAAUGGCUUGCUGAAAACUACAAGAACUUUGGUGCCAACUUGGAGUUUGUCACCGACAGAUCUUCCGAAGGUGCACAAUUCGUCCAAGGUUUCGGUGGUGUAGGUGCUAUGUUGAGAUAUAAGGUCAACUUUGAACAAUUGGCUGAUGACACUGAUGACGAUGAGUUCUAUGAUGAUGAUGAUGAUUUCAUUUAGAUGAUAGAUUGUAAUAAAAGUAGUAAAGGAUGA